CACUUCCGGGUCCUGCGUCGCUCCGGAAGCCCCGCGAGUUCCGGAAGCCUGGUAGCCCAGAUUCUGCUAGGAGAAGCCAAGCUUUCCAGAGAAUGUGUCAGAAAAAGUUACGUGGAGCGUGGGCGUUUCACAGACUCCUAAGCUCCUGGCAAGUAUGAGGCAAGGAUUUCAUGGAAGAACUUGGAGCAAAAAUUCCUACUGCCAUUGCUGUAGACUGUCAGGUCCUGGGGGAGCAUCAAGAAGGACUAAAAGAAACCUUAAGAGAAGAUAUGGCUUCUAGAAAAGAGAACACGAAGAGUCCAGACAGAGUCCUGAGAGUCAGUCAGCUGGAUGCGCUGGAACUAAACAAGGCCCUGGAGCAGCUCGUUUGGUCCCAGUUCACUCAGUGCUUUCAUGGAUUUAAGCCAGGCCUGUUAGCCUGCUUUGAACCAGAAGUGAAAGCUCUCUUGUGGCUUUUCUUGUGGAGAUUCACCAUCUACUCCAAAAAUGCUACUGUGGGACAGUCAGUUUUGAAUAUUCAGUACAAAAAUGAUUUUUCCCCUAACCUGAGGUAUCAGCCACCAAGUAAAAAUCAAAAGAUCUGGUAUGCUGUUUGUACAGUUGGUGGGAGGUGGUUAGAAGAGCGAUGCUAUGAUUUGUUUCGAAACCGUCAUUUAGCAUCAUUUGGAAAAAUCAAGCAGUGUGUAAAUUUCAUGGUUGGACUUUCGAAAUUAGGUGGUUUAAUUAAUUUUUUGAUUUUCCUUCAAAAGGGAAAGUUUGCAACUUUGACAGAACGUCUCCUAGGCAUUCAUUCUGUAUUCUCUAAGCCUCAGAACAUUCGUGAAGUUGGCUUUGAGUAUAUGAAUAGGGAACUUCUCUGGCAUGGUUUUGCUGAGUUUCUGAUUUUUCUCUUACCACUUAUCAACAUCCAAAAGUUAAAAGCCAGAUUAUCUUCAUGGUGUAUCCCUCUUACUGGUGCUCCAAAUAAUGAUGAUACAUUAAUCACCAGUGGCAAAGAAUGUGCUCUAUGUGGAGAGUGGCCCACCAUGCCUCAUACCAUCGGAUGUGAGCAUAUCUUCUGUUAUUACUGUGUUAAGAGUAGUUUCUUAUUUGACAUGUACUUUGCUUGUCCUAAGUGUGGCACAGAGGUGCACAGUCUGCAGCCACUGAAAUCAGGGAUUGAGAUGUCAGAAGUAAAUGCUCUUUAGAUACUAAAA